GCGAUUUGCAUGGGAAAAUUACGUCAUCAAUUUAAUGAAGUACAGAAAUGGUGGCUGUGGUUGUCGGGCGUUUCGAAUUUAAUUAAUUAGAUUCACCGGCUAGUUAAGGUAUUCCGCGUUUAAGUGCGUAUUUAUUAUUAGUGUGUUAAGGUCUGUACAGAACUGAUGAUGUCUGAUCGUAAAGCCGAAUUAGAACGUAAAAAAGCAAAACUUCAAGCUUACCGUGAGGAGAAGGACAGGCGUCGGAAGGAGAAAGAGCUUAAAGAUGUCAAGGAGGCUACGAGUAGGAUGCUGGGAGGCGCCGGCGACCAAAAGGAAUUGGACGAGAUGUUAAGUUCACUAGGUGUUGCGCCGGUUUCCGAUAUUCUCUCAAGUUUGUCUAGUGCUAAUUCGUUAACUCCAGAUAAUAGUAUCAAUCACACCCCAGACACCUCUCUACAAACGAACGGUCUUGUUAAUAACGUCUAUUUGGGGAAAAGAAAAACUCCUCAGUUGAGUGUUGUGGCUGUGCAAUCGACAAGUAUUCCACCGAAGGAAACUGUGUCAUAUACCAAACAAACUCAGACAACUACCAGCGGUCAUGAACGGGAUGGAUCUUCUUCAUCUUCUUCCCCACUUAAAGGCUACAUGGAGGACUGGUGGAGGCCUCGCAAAGCUCAUGCAACUGAUUAUUACGACGAGUACAAUCUAAAUCCGGGUUUAGAGUGGGAGGACGAGUUCACAGUUUUGACAUAUGACGACGGGCAAGGUGAAGACGAAGAGGGCAGUCUUCCGCAUCUUGGUGGAUUUGGAAGUAAGCUGCCUCCGGGAAUUCUUCCACAUGGUCUCCCGCAAGUUAAAGAAGUUCAACCCGCCGUCACGGCCGUGGAGCAGGAACAAGCAAAACAUGAAGUUAAAGAAAUUCGAGAGCUGAGUGAAGAGGAAAAGCAGAUGAUUAUUUUAUCAGAAGACUUUCAACGGUUUGUGGAUCGUGCUGGAAAAAUUGUCGAGCGUGCUUUAGGUGAAACUGUCGAUAUUUAUACUGAUUACAUAGGCGGUUCUGGCGAAGAUGGACUUGACGAAAAAUCUCAUCAACGAAUUGCAUUAAAUCGAUGGUUCUACGAUGAGAGAUGGUCAAAAAAUCGUUGUGUUACUUCGUUAGAUUGGUGCCCGCAGUACCCAGAAUUACUUUUAGCGUCAUAUAACAACAACGAAGAGUCUCCAAAUGAUCCAGAUGGUGUGGCUUUAAUUUGGAACACUAAAUUUAAGAAGACCACUCCCGAGUUUAUUUUCCAUUGUCAAAGCGGUGUAAUGUCAGCAACAUUUGCGAGGUUUCACCCAAAUUUAAUAUUAGGAGGUACUUAUUCCGGGCAGAUUGUGCUGUGGGAUAAUCGUGUACAAAAAAGAACGCCCAUUCAACGAACCCCCUUAUCGGCAACUGCGCAUACACACCCCGUUUACUGUGUUAACGUAGUCGGCACACAGAAUGCACAUAACCUCAUUAGUAUAUCGACAGAUGGGCGAUUAUGUUCAUGGUCUUUAGAUAUGUUAAGUCAGCCACAAGAGACUUUAGAAUUACAUAGGAUGCAAGGGAAGGCUGUUGCCGUAACCUGUUUAGAUUUUCCACAUUCCGAUGUAAAUAAUUUUGUUGUCGGUAGUGAAGAAGGCGCCGCUUAUUCUGCAUGUCGACAUGGAGCAAAAGCUGGAAUUGUAGAUACGUACGAUGGGCAUCAAGGGCCAAUUACUGGUAUUAGUGUAAAUGCUGUCCAAGGUGGCAUCGAUUUCUCUCAUCUAUUUUUGACUUCUGCAAUCGAUUGGAGCAUGAAAUUGUGGAGUUUGAAGGAUGCCAAGCCAAUAUAUUCCUUUGAGGAUAAUAGUGAUUAUGUAUUGGAUGUCGCUUGGUCACCAACUCAUCCCGCCUUGUUUGCGUCUGUGGAUUGCGGCGGGCGAUUGGACUUAUGGAAUCUUAAUCAAGAUACAGAAGUUCCUGCAGCCAGUAUAUACGUCGAUGCAAAUCCAGGUUUGAAUAAAGUAUCUUGGACGCCAUCUGGAUUGCACGUUACUGUUGGGGAUAAUCAGGGGAAAAUUUGGGUGUAUGACGUUGCAGAGAACUUCGCUCAUCCUCGACAUGAUGAAUGGAAUAAGUUUUUGUAUACCAUACAAGAGCUACGGAAUAGUCAAGUGGAUGAAGAAUUAGAAAAAUUAAAUCUUUCAGUUACAAGUCCUCCAUUAUCAAGUAUGAGUUCAUUAUCAUUACCGCUACGAUAAAUAGAAAUUAAUAUUUGCUGUGAAUUUCAUUAUUAAAUGAAGAUGAUCUGUAAUAUUCAUCUUUGUAAUUAAAAGAAGAAGAAUAUUUAUUUAUGAAGCCAAUGUUCACUAUUUGUUAAGUAAUUAGAUAAUUUGCAGCUGUACUAAUACUACAUUAUAAUAUUUAGCAGUUGUGAUUCCUCGUCUAUAUAUUAUGUAUAUAUGGAUUAGGUUGUAAUAAUUCUUUGUCUCAGUUAUGCGUAACUCCAGUGCUAAAUAAAACAAAUUUGGUUUUAUGCUGAAAUAAACGUUUCGAAAAGUUCUUCAUUCAGGGUUCGCGUGAAUACUCUCAAAGCAUUGUCACUUUAUUUUUUACCUUUUUUGCACAGAUUGGCAUGUACAUAGCUAAUUUAUUGUUUUGUUAUAUGGUAUUUAAUUAAAUUUUUUUACUUAUUUAAA